AUGCCAAAGUUCUGGGGCUUAAAGCCGAUCGAGACCCUUAAGACCUUCCCUCUCUGUUCUGUCCUAACCUAUACUAGUGGCCUACCUAGCGUUGGAAAGACUUUCACGGUUAAAGCAACCUCGGAAUAUUUUAAGCUGCCUCUCUUUUCGAUAUCCGUAGGCGAGCUCGUUGUCGACCACGGAGAUUCUAACACGUUUAAGUAA